AUGAAAAUAAGAGAAUCAACAAUUUUAUCAAUAUCAAUAGGUGUUUUUUUUGUUUAUUUGGGUAAUAAAAUAUAUGAAUGGUCUUUAGAAGGGAGAAAAGAUAUCGAUUGGACCCAUAGGCACAUCAAGACUUUUGGAGUGGAAAUAUUUCUAUCAUCGAUAUUAUAUUUUAUAGGGUUUUUUACUUUAUUAAAUCAAAUAAUAAAUAAUUUUAAUAAUAAUAAUUAUGAAAAUAAUGAUAAUAAUAAAAACAAUAGAAUAAUAGGAACAGAUUAUAAAUGUGUCAAAGAUAAUAGUAAUAAUAUAAAACUUAAUAUUAAAAUAUCAAAUUUACUUUUAAGGUUUAUAAAUGAUGGUAAUGGUAUUACAGUUACAUCUUUUAUUUUUUGUUUUUUUACAACUUUUUAUCAAACAACAAAAGAUACCAGUGCAACCUUAAUGAAUCAUGGUCAAUAUAAUCUAUUAGUUUUAUCUGGGUUUUUACUACUAUAUACUUUAACUUUUCUUACUUGGUGGUUUUUACUAAAGUAUUUCAAAAUAAAAAAAAUUUUAUUCAGUAUAUUGGUUUUAAUAAUUUUUAUAACAUUAUUGUUUAAUAUAAAUCAUUUUAGAAUAAAAAAAGAUUUUUUAGUAGGAAUUGAUGGAAAAAUAUUAAUUCAUUUAAAUAAUAGUAAUCCAAAUGUAUGCAAAAUUGAAAAUGACUUUAUAGUAUGGCCAGCGUUUCAACCCACAGGUUCAACGUGGGUAGUUGCAGGUUCAAGAGAAUGUCCUUUGGAGAAGGGUUUUUCAUAUUUAGAUGAAAAAAAUUAUUUACACAUCGAUUGUAAAAAUAAAGUAGAGAUCUCAUAUACAACAUCACCAACAUUUUUUGAAGAGCAAAGAAGUUAUGGAAUAUUUACAGAUGAUUUAAAAAUAUUAGAAAAACAAUAUAAAAAGAAAAAAUAUCAAUAUAACGGACCUAUCUUAAUUAGUGAUGAAACAGUAAUGGCAACUUGUGGUAAUAAAACAGAAAUUCAUUUUCAAAAUGUUUUAAAGAAAUCAUCAUUGGAACGAGCAAGCAAUUUCAACGAACCAAAAUUAAGUUCAUUUGAAAAUAAAAUCAAAAAAAUGAAUUCAGCUGAAAGAACUAAACCUGUAGAUAUAUUAUUUAUACUCAUUGAUGCAUUAUCAAGGGCUCAUUUCAAACGUGCAUUACCUAAAACAUUUGAAACAUUACAAGCUAUUCAAAAUGAAGGUCAUUCCAAAGUAUUUCAGUUUUUUAGAUAUCAUUCACUAAAACCAUAUUCAGAUCCCAAUUAUAUAGCACUAUAUACUGGCUACAAUUCUUUAGAAUACGACAAAUUGGACAGAGAAAUCAUUCCAGAAAAAAUUCAAAACUCAAAUAAUGGUGAACCUUUUUCAUUUGAAAAGAAUCCCCUAUUUUUUCAAUCUUUUAGAAAUGAUAGUUAUAUCACAUCAUGGAUUUACCCAACAUGCGAAGAUUGGUUUGAUGCAUAUUUAAAAGUAGAAAAACCAAAUAUUGAUCACGAAUUAGUGUUGCCAUUUUGUUCACCUCAAGUUUUUCCAUUAGAAAGACCAUUUGGUAUAUUUGAAGGUCCGUACUCAAUAAGAAGACGUUGUUUAGGUAAUAAGCAUAUCCACGAUCGUAUAUUUGACUAUAUUAAUCAAAUAUUUGAUAAUUACUCAAAAGUUGGUAAGAUAGUUUCUGCUGGUUUAAUGGAUGCACACGAAGGAACAAUGGAGGUUAUAAAAAUUGCAGAUAAACAGUUUAAUAGAUUCCUAGGUCAAGAUUUAAAAUCAAAGCUAAAUGAUACUGUAUUAAUAUUGGUUGGUGACCAUGGUCAACAUAUGGGUCCCUAUUAUUCAUGGACAAAAGGUGGUUCAAUCGAAGUUGCAUUUCCUGUACUCUAUAUUAUUUUACCUACCUGGUUUACAAAUAAAUACCCCAAUGUCGAAAAAAAUCUAUUAGAAAAUGAAAAUAGAUUAUUCUCUCCAUUUCAACUUUACGAUACAAUAAGAGCUUUAUCAAAAUAUCCAGAAUUUGGAGGAAUUGAUGUAUUUGACCCAAAUAAUAUUAAAAGUUCAAAUGGUUUAUUAGAUCCAAUACCCGAAGAUAUAUCAUGCUCAGAUUUAGCAAUACCCCACAGUUUUUGUAAAUGCUUAUAAAAAAAAAAAAAAAAAAAAAAAAAUAUUAUAAUAAAAUUAGUGAUUAAAAAUUAUCAUUAUUCUCAGUUCACC